GAAAGUGAAACUAAACUACAGAUUUAGGAGAAGCCAUUACUGAGCUCAGAACAGAGCGAGACAGAAUGGCAUCUGGAUCCUCUCUCCUGGAAGAGGAGCUCUCCUGUCCUGUGUGCUCUGAAAUAUUCAGGGAUCCUGUUCUUCUGAGUUGCAGUCACAGCUUCUGUAAGGCCUGUCUGCAGCAGUACUGGGAUCAGAAGGGAUCUCGGGAGUGCCCAGUUUGCAGGAGAAGAGCUUCUAAGGAACAUCCUCCCUGUAACCUGUCUCUGAGGAAUACCUGUGAGGCGUUCUUAAAGGAGAGAAGUCAGAGAGCUGAAGCAGGAUCUGAAGUGCUCUGCAGUCUGCACAGUGAGAAACUCAAACUCUUCUGUCUGGAUGAUCAAACACCCAUCUGUGUUGUCUGUCAAACUUCAAGAAAACAUAGAACUCAUGUAAUGCUACCAGUCCAGGAGGCUUCUGAAGAGUUUAAGGAGAAUCUCAGGACUGCACUAGCACCACUGCAGAAGAAGCUAAAAGCCUUUAAUGCAGUGAAACUAGUCUGUGAUCAAACAGCAGAGCACAUCAAGAGCCAGGCCCAGCACACAGAGAGACAGAUAAAGAUGGUGUUUGAGAAACUUCAGCAGUACCUAAAAGAGGAGGAGGCAGCCAGGAUCACUGCACUGAGGGAGGAAGAGGAGCAGAAGAGUCAGAUGAUGAAGAAGAAGAUUGAGAAGAUGACAGAAGAGAUAUCAUCCCUUUCAGAACAGAUCAGAGCCAUAGAACAGGAGCUGGGAGCUGAAGAGGUCUCAUUCCUGCAGGUAAGACCUGUUCACUCUGCGUCUGUAGGACUCUAUACAAACUGCUGUUAAUGCUCGCAAACAUUGAUACAAAAUCAUUGUUACAGUAUUCUCUAAAGCACCUUUUCACAUAAACUAGCAAAUAUCAUCAAAUCUCUUCAAAGUUUUAUCAAUUAUGUGAAUUAUAGUAUCUUUUUAUCAUCAACCUGCUACACCGACACUCUGUACAUAUGUAUAACCAUGUUAAAGCAGCUCAUCACACACACUCUGUACACAUGUAUAACCAUGUUAAAGCAGCUCAUCACACACACUCUGUACACAUGUAUAACCAUGUUAAAGCAGCUCAUCACACACACUCUGUACACAUGUAUAACCAGGUUAAAGCAGCUCAUCACACACACUCUGUACACAUGUAUAACCAUGGUAAAGCAGCUCAUCACACACACUCUGUACACAUGUAUAACUUUGUUAAAGCAGCUCAUCACACACACUCUGUACACAUGUAUAACCAUGUUAAAGCAGCUCAUCACACACACUCUGUACACAUGUAUAACCAUGUUAAAGCAGCUCAUUUAUUGUUCUAUGUCAUUGUCGGGGAAGCGAGGAUUAAGCAUAAUGACAAUCCAGAGGCUCCAACAAACAAUAUCCUUGUUAAGAUGUUCAGCACUUUGAAUACUGAACACAAGUGGUAUUGUGUGCUAGAACCCUCACUUAACCUACAUAUCAAAUAUUUUUUAUGUGAUUUAAAUUCAUUAUUAUUAAGAAUGACAAAUAUCAA